AUGUGGCGACUAGGUCCUCGACACUUUUCCACGUCCGCCGCUCGGGCCGCAGACUCGUCGACCCACUACUCGAUUCUGGGCGUCAGCGUGUCCGCCACGGCGGCAGAAAUCAAAACCGCCUUCUACCAGCUCUCCAAGGUGUACCAUCCCGACCGGGUCCGCAACAAGAGCGAGGAGGAGCAAAAGAUGAGCCGUCUCAAGUUCGAGGAGGUUUCCAUGGCCUACACGGUGCUGUCUGAUCCCGCUCAGAAGCGAGACUACGACCAGCAGAACUCGUACCGCUUUAAUGGAGGCUCGGCAGGCACCCAGGGCAACCCCAACACUGGAUCCGGAUUCCACAGCACUGGAAUGUUCCGCGAACGGCCUGCGUCUGGAUUCAACCGACGGGCAGACAAGCAACGUACGUCCACGUUCCAGGGUGGCUACCGAACGUCGAAAAUGAAGGCAAACACUGCUUCUUCGCGUUUUUCCGGAGAACACCGAGAGGCGUCCAACUACGACGUGCCUCACUUUGACUACGAUAAACACCACCACCAACAGUGCUCGUACGAAGAACAUAGAGUGCGACACCAGCGCCAGCAGGACGAGGAGUUUCGACAGGCCCGACGCAAGAAGAACGAAGAGAGACAGUAUCAUACCCAGGGAGGAGGCAUUAACGUCGGAGCUGUUGCUGGGUUGGGGGCCACGGGUGUGGUGUUGAUUGCCAUGAUGUGUAGAUAG